GGUGCAGAUCACCCCCUUAACUCAUCAACUGGUGGCAAAUCAACCCCUCAACUCACUUCACGCGCAAAUCAACCCCUCAACUCACCUACAGUGGCAAAUCAGCCCCUCUAUUAAGCUGACAUCAUCAUCUGUUAACUUUUAACGAUCCGCUCAUAAGCCCCUCUGCGUCUGACGUGGUUUUAUUAUUAUUUUUUUUUUGGGUUUCAAAGUUUUAAUCUUUGUUAACAGGUUUUCAGCAAAAAAAAAAAAAAAAUCUUUGCUAACAAAAAAUCUUUUUUCUUUUUUCUUUUUCUUUUUUUUUUGUGAAAAAUGAUUUCUCGGAAGGAUUUGUCCACCGUCUUGAAGGCGGUGAUUCCACUUUACGUAGCGAUGAUCUUGGCAUACGGGUUGAUUCGUUGGUGGAAGAUUUUCUCACCGGACCAGUUCUCCGGCAUCAACUGUUUCGUCGCGAUUUUCACUGUCCCGCUCGUCUUUUCACUUUAUUUCCACCAACAAUCCAUACAAAAUGAAUUACAGGCAUUCCACUGUUUGAUCGCCAUGUACGGCCACGACUCCGGCAGCCUUAUGGUCCAGGUGGCGGUUCUCCAAUGCAUCAUCUGGUACACUCUGCUUCUUUUUCUCUUCGAGUAUCGUGGUGCCAAGAUCCUGAUCAUGGAGCAGUUCUCGAAGACUGCCGCUCGAUUGUCUCCUUCAAGGUGGAUUCUGACGUUGUCUCACUCCAUGGACGGGAAUUUCUGGAAACGACGCUGCAAUUGUAGAAGACGGGAAGCUUCAUGUCACUUUGAGGAAAUCAAACGCUUCUCGCCGUUCCUUCGCAAUGACGCCACGGCCAUCCAAUCUUACCGGUGUUGAGAUAUACAAGCUUAAGUUCAUCCCGGAAUCCAACGCCCAGAGGUUCGAAUUUCAGCCAUUCCGAUUUCUAUUCCAUGAUGGGAAUUCAGGGGUUCCAAGAAGACAGUCCAACUUUGGUCCAGUCGAUUUAUACCCUGUUCAAUCAUCAAGAGGGCCGACUCCGAGACCCUCAAAUUUUGAAGAAAAUUGUAUAGUAAUG